AUCACCCUUGCUAAUCACUCCUCACAGUGACCUCAAGUCCUGCAGGCAUGUACAGCAUGCAGCUCGCAUCCUGUGUCGCACUGACACUUGUGUUCCUUGUCAACAGUGCACCCACUUCAAGCCCCACUUCAAGUUCCACUUCAAGCUCUACAGCGGAAGCACAGCAGCAGCAGCAGCACCUGGAGCAGCUGUUGAUGGACCUACAGGAGCUCUUGAGCAGGAUGGAGAAUUACAGGAACCUGAAACUCCCCAGGAUGCUCACCUUCAAAUUUUACUUGCCCAAGCAGGCCACAGAAUUGAAAGAUCUUCAGUGCCUAGAAGAUGAACUCGGAGCUCUGCAGCGUGUGCUGGAUUUGACUCAAAGCAAAAGCUUUCAAUUGGAAGAUGCUGAGAAUUUCAUCAGUAAUAUCAGAGUAACUGUUAUAAAACUAAAGGGCUCUGAAAACACACUUGAGUGCCAAUUUGCUGAUGAGUCAGUGACUGUGGUGGAAUUUCUGAGGAGAUGGAUAGCCUUCUGUCAAAGCAUCAUCUCAGCAAGGCCUCAAUAACUACGCACCUCCCAUCUACAACACGCAAGGCUUUCUAUUUAUUUAAAUAUUUAACUUUAAUUUAUUUUUGGAUGUAUUGUUUACUAUCUUUUAUAACUACUAGUCUUCAGAUGAUAAAUACGGAUCUUUAAAGAUUCUUUUUGUAAGCCCCAAGGGCUCAAAAAAUUUUAAACUAUUUAUCUGAAAUUAUUUAUUAUAUUGAAUUGUUAAAUAUCAUGUGUAGGUAGACUCAUUAAUAAAAGUAUUUAGAAGAUUCAAAUAUAAAUAAGCUCAGAUGUCUGUUAUUUUUAGGACAACACAGAGUAAGCGCUAAAAUAAUUUCUCAGUUAUUCCUGUGAACCCUAUGGUGGCCAGUGUUUUCAAGAAUCACUUUCCCCU